AUGGUCAACAAAUCUGUUCGAGUCACCAAGGCGAAAGGUGCUUUCGUCGAGACACAGCCCAAGGCUUUCUCGGCCUCAGACCUGGAAGCCAACGAGGUCUUGAUCAAGAACGUAGCAGUAGCUUCGAACCCUAAGGAUUGGAAGCUCGCUUCGUAUGGAAUGUACGAAGGAAUCAAAGGCAACGAUGUGGCUGGGCAUAUUGAAGCAGUUGGAUCCGAUGUCAAGGAUCUCAAGAAAGGCGAUCGGGUGGUUGCCUUCACCCGCAUGGCUUCGGGCGACAAGUACGGUGCAUACCAGCCCUACACUGUGGCACCUGCUUGGACCACGGCCAAGCUCGCUGACAAUGUCAGUCUCGAGGACGGUUCCACCCUUCCUCUGGCUAUCACUACUGCUUUUGUCGGGCUUUUCGACAAGCUGGGCAUUCCUGAACCCACCAGUGAUGGCAAGCCCGCUAUCGGCGCUGAUAAGGUCACCCUUCUGGUGUGGGGAGCUAGCUCGUCUGUCGGUGCAUACGUGAUCCAGCUUGCCAAGAUCGCCGGCUACAAUAUCAUUGCUGUAGCCGGUGCUGCCAAGGACUCGGUGCGAGAAUUUGGCGUCGACUCGAGCAAGAUUGUCGACUACCGAGAUGACCGAGCCACCGUCAUUGCGAAUCUGAACAAGGCUGCCGGUGGUUCGGUUUUCACUCAUGUCUACGACUGCAUCACUUCGCAGGACACCGUCGAGACCAUUGUAGAGCUGCUCUCGACUGCUCCGAACAAGGGAGGCAAAGUGACAACAGUGCUUUCCAGCGCUUACGACGACAAGGACACCAACGUGAAGCUGCAAAAGGAGAAGGGCGUCAGCUUUGACAGGACCAUGUGCGGUAGUGUUCACAACGACAAGGUCGAUUUCGGCACACGCUGGUUCAAGACGGUCACCGAGUGGACGGUCGAGGGCAAGAUCAAGCCAAACAAGGUACAACUCCUUGAUGGCGGUCUCGAUGGCGUUCCGGCUGGACUCAAGUUGCUGCAAGAGAACAAGGUCAGCAACCGCAAGCUAGUUGCCCGAAUUGCCGAUACAAAGGCUUAG